GGGAGAGGGAGAAUGGGGGAGGGAAAACGUAGUGGACGGCUGCGCCCUCAGCGCGCCGUCAUGUACCACCAGGGGUGCUCGUCGUCCUCGAGCGCCUCCUUCGGCCUGUUAUCGACACCGUAAACUCGUGAGACGCGUCGACGCUCCGACGAUCACGACGACGGCGUCACGGCGGCAUCGUGAUCGUGCCGACGCCAUCUUCCCAAAGUCGAAGUUUCUGCGAGACGCUGAGUCAGCGCGGGAACAAGAGCCCGACCGACACGAGGAACUUGUUGUUCCGCUUGAUCUUGGCGCGCCGGCCGAGUUCGUACUCCGACAAUACGGGCUCGAUGGGCGCGGCC